AUGCUGAGCGGGUCCGGAGUGGACAAGGCUCUGAAGAUGUCCCUGCCCCGAAGGUCAAGGAUCCGCUCGUCCGUGGGACCUGUCUGUUCUUCUUCGGGCUACAAGAAGGCAGAUGAUGAGAUGUCCCGGGCCACGUCCGCUGCAGACCAGCUGGAUGCACCAGCCCGCACCAUUUACCUCAAUCAAGCGCAUCUCAACAAAUUCCGUGACAACCGGAUCAGGAUUUCAGUGUGCCAGCAUCUCCUCUUUUGGUCUCUUACCUUACAGCAAAUUCCAGACGUAUCUCCAACAGGAAGAUACACCACCCUGGUGCCAUUGAUCAUUAUUUUAACAAUUGCAGGCAUCAAAGAGAUUGUGGAAGAUUUUGUAAUGUUAAGAAAUGGUAUGUGGCAUACCAUCAUGUGGAAAGAGGUGACAGUGGGAGACAUUGUAAAGGCUGUCAACGGGCAGUAUCUUCCAGCAGACAUGAUCCUACUCUCCUCCAGUGAACCUCAGGCAAUGUGUUAUGUCGAAACAGCUAACCUAGAUGGGGAGACGAACCUUAAAAUACGCCAGGGUUUGACUCAUACCGCUGACAUGCAAACAAGGGAAGUGUUGAUGAAGUUGUCUGGCACCAUUGAAUGUGAAGGGCCCAAUCGCCACCUGUAUGACUUCACUGGAAACCUUCACCUAGACGGGAAAAGCCCUGUUGCCCUUGGGCCUGACCAGAUCUUAUUAAGAGGUACACAGCUUAGAAAUACUCAGUGGGUCUUUGGCAUAGUUGUUUAUACUGGACACGACACCAAACUCAUGCAGAAUUCAACUAAAGCACCGCUGAAGAGGUCAAAUGUUGAGAAGGUGACCAAUGUGCAGAUCCUGGUGUUGUUUGGUAUCCUCCUAGUCAUGGCCUUGGUGAGCUCCGUGGGAGCACUCUACUGGAAUGGGUCUCAAGGUGGCAAGAACUGGUAUAUCAAGAAGAUGGACACAAGCUCGGAUAAUUUUGGGUACAACCUCCUGACCUUCAUCAUCUUGUACAACAAUCUCAUCCCUAUUAGCCUAUUGGUGACUCUUGAGGUUGUGAAAUAUACACAGGCCCUUUUUAUAAACUGGGACACAGAUAUGUAUUACAUAGAAAAUGACACUCCUGCAAUGGCCAGGACGUCAAACCUUAAUGAAGAGCUGGGGCAGGUGAAGUAUUUAUUUUCUGACAAAACUGGAACUCUUACAUGCAAUAUCAUGAACUUCAAGAAAUGCAGCAUUGCAGGAGUAACCUAUGGUCAUUUCCCAGAAUUGAUAAGAGAGCCAUCUUCAGAGGAUUUCUGUCGGCUGCCUCCUCCCACCAGUGAUUCAUGUGACUUUAACGAUCCCAGACUAUUGAAGAACAUUGAGGAUCACCAUGUAAAUGAAGCAGCUUUGGUGAAAGGAGCUAAAAAGCUGGGCUUUGUCUUCACAGCCAGAACGCCAUACUCAGUCAUCAUAGAAGCAAUGGGACAGGAGCAGACAUUUGGAAUCCUUAACGUCCUGGAAUUUUCUAGUGACAGGAAGAGAAUGUCUGUAAUUGUUCGAACUCCUUCAGGACAACUUCGACUCUACUGCAAAGGAGCUGAUAAUGUAAUUUUUGAGAGACUUUCAAAAGAUUCAAAAUACAUGGAGGAAACAUUAUGCCAUCUGGAGUAUUUUGCCACGGAAGGUUUGCGGACCCUCUGUGUGGCUUACGCUGACCUCUCUGAGAAUGAGUACGAGGAGUGGUUGAAAGUCUACCAAGAAGCGAGCACCAUAUUGAAAGAUAGAUCUCAACGGCUGGAAGAGUGUUAUGAGAUCAUUGAGAAGAAUUUACUGUUACUUGGAGCCACAGCCAUCGAAGACCGCCUUCAGGCAGGCGUUCCAGAAACCAUAGCAACUCUGUUGAAGGCAGAAAUUAAAAUAUGGGUAUUGACAGGCGACAAGCAGGAAACUGCAAUUAAUAUAGGAUAUUCAUGCCGGUUGGUGUCACAGAACAUGGCCCUCAUCCUACUGAAGGAAGAGUCUUUGGAUGCCACGAGGGCAGCCAUUACUCAGCACUGUACCGACCUGGGGAAUUUGCUGGGCAAGGAAAACGAUGUGGCGCUCAUUAUUGACGGCCACACGCUCAAAUACGCACUCUCCUUCGAGGUCAGGAGAAGCUUCCUGGACUUGGCGCUCUCAUGCAAAGCGGUGAUAUGUUGCAGGGUAUCUCCCCUUCAGAAGUCUGAGAUAGUGGACGUGGUGAAGAAGCGGGUGAAGGCCAUCACGCUUGCCAUCGGGGAUGGGGCCAAUGACGUGGGGAUGAUCCAGACUGCCCACGUGGGCGUGGGCAUCAGCGGGAAUGAGGGCAUGCAGGCCACCAAUAACUCGGACUACGCCAUCGCACAGUUCUCCUACUUGGAGAAGCUUCUUUUGGUCCAUGGAGCCUGGAGCUACAACCGAGUAACCAAAUGCAUAUUAUACUGCUUCUACAAGAACGUGGUGUUGUAUAUUAUUGAGCUCUGGUUCGCUUUUGUUAAUGGAUUUUCCGGGCAGAUUCUGUUUGAACGUUGGUGCAUCGGCCUGUACAACGUGAUUUUCACAGCAUUGCCGCCCUUCACUCUGGGAAUCUUCGAGAGAUCUUGUACUCAGGAGAGCAUGCUCAGGUUUCCACAGCUCUACAAAAUUACCCAGAAUGCCGAAGGCUUCAACACCAAGGUUUUCUGGGGUCACUGCAUCAACGCCUUGGUCCACUCCCUCAUCCUGUUCUGGUUUCCCAUGAAAGCGAUGGAGCAUGAUUCUGCGUUGGCCAAUGGUCAUGCCACGGACUACUUAUUUGUUGGAAAUAUUGUUUACACGUAUGUGGUUGUAACUGUUUGUCUGAAAGCUGGUUUGGAGACUACAGCCUGGACUAAAUUCAGCCACCUGGCCGUCUGGGGAAGCAUGCUGAUCUGGCUCCUGUUCUUUGGAAUCUACUCCACCAUCUGGCCCACCAUUCCCAUCGCUCCAGAUAUGAAAGGACAGGCCACCAUGGUCCUGAGCUCUGCCCACUUCUGGCUGGGAUUAUUUCUGGUUCCUACCGCGUGUUUGAUCGAAGAUAUCGCCUGGAGAGCGGCCAAGCAUACCUGCAAGAAAACCUUGCUGGAGGAGGUGCAGGAGCUGGAGACCAAGUCCAGAGUGAUGGGGAAAGCCAUGCUCCGGGACAGCAAUGGAAAGAGGAUGAAUGAGCGCGAUCGCUUGUUAAAGAGACUGAGCCGGAAAACGCCUCCCACUCUCUUCCGGGCUGGUUCCCUCCAGCAAGGUGUCCCACAUGGGUAUGCUUUUUCUCAAGAAGAACAUGGAGCUGUUACUCAGGAAGAAAUCGUCCGUGCUUACGACACUACCAAAAAGAAAUCAAGGAAGAAGUAA